AUGAUUUUUAGUUUGUUAAUUUUUUAUAACAACCAGAAAUUUUANUUUUAAAGAAAUUGUUGCUGUAAUUUAAGAUAAUAAUUCUUUUAAACCUAUUAUUACAUUUCUUUUAAAAAUUAAUGGGAAUUUUGAUUAAAUUGAUCACUACCAUACUCCAUAUCAAAAUUUACUUUAAUAUUUAUUCAAAAUUAAUAAAUUUGAAACUAUAUAUGAUUGUCAUCAAUCUGUAGUAAAGUGUUUUGCUAGACCUAAAAGUUUUAUUUUGGCAGAUAAAAAUAAUCAUUAAGAAAUGGUUUACAAAACUCAAAGAAUUAUAGUCAAUAAUGAAUUUUAUUAAACUAAUACAUAAAGAGAAAUUGAAUUUUUAGAAAAAUUAUAUAAUAAAAAAUUUAUUGUUAAUGGAUUUGCUUAUUUGAGAAUAAAUGAAUACGUAUUUAUUUUCAUGAGAAAAUAUUAUGGUACUCUUGCAGAUAAAUUAACAAAUUGGAAAUCCUAAAAAAUAGAUUAAAAAAUAUAGAUUCGAAAUGUUCUUCAAAUCAGCUUCAGAUUUUUAACUUGUAAUUAUCAAUUAUUAAAAUAGCUCUUAUGGAAUUAUAGAAGUUGAAUAUUAUGCAUAGAGAUUUGAAACCAGAAAAUUUAUUCUUAGAUAAUUAAAAUUUGGAAGAAGCUAAUAUUGCAAUAGGUGAUUUUGAUCGUUCAAAAUCAAUAGAAGGUUUUACAAAUGAUGAAAUGACUUUUGAACGUUAGAGCAAUACUUAAAAAUAUGAUGCUCCUGAAACAUUUUAUUCCUUAAAAUAUGAUAUUUUUCAGUAUGCAUUAAUAAUUUUAACCGUUGCCAAUAAAGGCAAUUAUAUUGGAAAUUAACAAAUAGGUUGUAAACACUUAAAUGAUGAAGAACACAAUUCUUACUAUAGUGAACAAUCUUUAUUUUAAUUUUUGGCUCAUACUUAAUAUCCUCAAGAAUUUAUUAAAAUAAUUAGUAGUUGUUUAAAAAGAAAUCCUAAUGAUAGGCCAACAACUGAAUAACUACGUUAAUAAAUAAGUUAAUUAUAUUUCACAAAAACAAUUAAAAUUCAAUAAGUAAAUUAUAAUUAACAAAUUAAUCACACUGUUGUCGGUGAAUUACCAUAAACUCUACAAUUAUAAUCAUAAGUUAGUCCAUAAAAUUCCCCAAUUAUUGCAUAGUAAUAAUAAUAAUAAUAAUAAUAAUAAUAACCAUAAUAAUAAUAAUAAUAACCAUAAUAAUAAUCAUAACCAUAAGAAUAAUAGAAAAAAUUCAAAAUUAAAAUAUAAGAAAUAAAAUGA